AUGGAGGAACUCAACUUCACUGUGGUGGAAUCGAACGUGUCUAGCUCCAAUUUUUCUGGAUAUCAAUCUGAAGUGGUCCCUGCAGUGCUGAUGUCCAUCUGCUUCCUGCUGGGAGUUCCUGGAAACAUCGUCGUGGUUCUUCUCAGACCCAACUUUCAGCAUCUGUCCAGCCUCAGUCAGAGUUUGAUGCUGAAUCUGGCUUUUUCAGACCUGCUCUGCCUGCUGACCCUCCCGCUGUGGAUUUACAUGUUUCUCUACAGCUGGACCUUUGGCCUGGGAGCCUGCAAGGUGGUAAUUUACCUCAUAUACUGCAGUGUUUAUGGCAGCCAGCUGACUGUGACGAUGCUGGCCGUCCAGCGCUACCUGCUGGUGGUGCACCUGAAGAAGUUCCUACAUCUUGGAGGGAAGAGGCUGCUGGUUGUGCUCUGGCUGGUUGCAGUGCUGUUGUCCAUCCCUGCUUUACUGUUUCAACAGUUGGUCCAAUAUCAGAACAAGCCACAAUGCAUCCGUGUCUACUCCCCUGAUGCCCAGAGUGUUGCUGCACUGCUGACCGAAUCCGUGGCGGGAUUCAUUUCCCUUUUUGUUGUGGCGUUUGCUUACAUCCAGGUCCGCAAAAAGGUGAACCAGGCAGCAUUUUUCAACAACCCCCAGACAAACAGACUGGUUACCAGCAUCAUUGUGACCUCUUUUGUUCUGUGGGUGCCGUAUCACAUUCUGAAUGUGCUGGGUGUCGUUGCCAUUUCUCUGAACGACUGGAGUUUGUGGAAGUUUUUGACAGACACAUGGAACAUUGUUGCAGCUGUAACAUUUGUGAACAGCUGCCUGAAUCCACUCCUGUAUGCAUUUGCUUCUUACAAAAUGCACCAAACAACCACAACAAAUACAGCUGCUGAAGAUGAAGAGCUACAAGAAUAAUAUGACCAAGACCAAACCAAUAGUUUCUGUUCGAUUAUCUGU